UUUGAUAAUUGUACAUAUGGAUAUUUUUUUUUAUUUAUUUAUCGUGGCAAAAAGUAGCUAGCUGUUAAACUGUCUACAGGCUCCUAUAAUUAAGUGAAUAUGUGGACCACUAGGCUACAGUCCACAACUGGGCCUAUGCCGACAUAAAUAGCCUACAAUAAAGGCACAAGAAUCCCUACAAGAAGUUUAAAUAUUUCGUUUUGCGUGACCUGUAUUAGUAUGUGGCUAAUGACUGCCGUUGUCAUGGAAAUAUGAAAGGGACAGUAGCCUACUUGGUCGUCAUUGUGUCUUGGCUACUUUCUGGACUUGUCGCUGACACCAUGUCGGAGGGAGAAAGGCGGCCGACAGAGGCUGUUUUCACUCAGCUACAACAAGGAAAUGUUUUUGUUGACACAGGUUCUUCUGGGCCUGAUGAUAUUUUCGAGGACGACUGCUACUCUCCGUCCUCCCUCUCCUCGUCCUCCUCCUCCUCCGUCCCCACUGUGGCCUCCCUGCAGGGGAAAACCCUAUGCACCUCCUGCGGCCUGGAGAUUGUUGACAGAUACCUCCUCAAGGUGAACAACUUCUGCUGGCACGUGCGCUGCCUCUCAUGCAGUGUAUGUAAGACAUCACUGGGGCGACACGUGAGCUGCUACAUCAAGGAUAAACAAGUUUUCUGCAAACUUGACUACUUCAGGAGGUAUGGGACCCGCUGUGCUCGUUGUGGCCGUAACAUCCAUUCUAGUGACUGGGUGCGUCGGGCCCGAGGCAGCACCUUCCACCUGGCCUGUUUCUCCUGCACAUCUUGUAAGCGCCAGCUGGCCACUGGUGAGGAAUGUGGACUACUAGAGAACAGGGUUUUCUGCCGGACACACUAUGACAUUAUGAUGGAGAAUAUCAAGCAUGCUAAGGAAAAUGAGCAACCAAAAGUAGAGGAAGAGGUGACAAACAAAGAUGAGUCCAGUACCAUGCCCAGACCUGCUAAGAGGGCUAGGACCAGCUUCACUGUUGACCAGUUACAGGUAAUGCAAACUCAGUUUGCUAAAGACAACAACCCAGAUGCCCAGACUCUCCAGAAACUGGCAGAGAGGACUGGUCUCAGCCGCAGGGUUAUUCAGGUUUGGUUUCAGAACUGUCGAGCUCGUCAAAAGAAAUACAUCAGCCCAAAUCCUUCUUCCUCAACCAUGAUGACAUCACUUGCUGCUGGUCAGCUGACACCGCCUUUGAUGGAGGAUCUGCAAUACACGACCUAUAUUUCCCCAGAUGCACCCCUCCUCACAACACUGACCUAUAUGGAUGUCCAAUCUCCAGACCCACUUUUGCUUCAGCCACUCAUAUCCCAUUCAUUGACACAACUGCCAGUCAGCCAUGCCUGAGUUACAGCCCACCUCCUGAAAACUGAUGAAAAUGAUUGGCUGAUGGGAAGAAGAGCAUCAUUAGUCUUUAAUAAAAAAAGACUAAUGAUCUAUCUGUGAUGAUUGGAUGACUUUAAUUUAUAAACUCUCCAGCAAAAUAAAAGCAAUUUAUUUGUUUAAUUUCCACUGCCUAAUGUGUGAGCAGACAAAAAAAUCAACUUGUUAAAUCACUGAAUUAAUUUAAUCCAGUCAUACAGAGAUUUACAGGUGAAAAUAACUGUUGACGGUUGAAAAUGUUAAAGUAAAGUAAAAUAUGGAUAUAUGUGAGUCGAAACAUUUAAUAUGUAUGUGUUACGAAUUUCUUUGUAUUUAAUUUAUUUGGAGAAUAUGAUAAGACACUUUGGAAAAUGAUGUAAGACUGAAUAUAGAUUUGGUUUUCAGUUAGAUGUUUAUUUAAGGAUGUGUGUGAGGAUAAUACAAAUGUCAGUUUGGGCACUUACAAGAGAGAAUCAGAUGGUUUCUGUAAAGACUACUUUAGAAAAUUCGGGAUUGAUUUAUAUUGCAAAUUAUAACCACUGGAAAUCAUGCAUAGAUUCUCCCAUUUCUUGCUGUGUUAUUCACAAAGAAAUAUGGAUAAACAUCUAAUUCAAACUGUUCUCCACUUGCAGUGUCCAAGUCUGUUGUUUUCAAAACAACCACAUGUCUAAUUUUGGAUGAACAACAUAUUUUAAGAUGCUUUUGAGUAGAGCAUGUGUUAAGCACAAAAAGCAAUACAAUGUGUAAAUGUUUCCUUAGAUUGUGAAUGUUAGACGCCACUAGAAGCCAUGUAUGAACUGCACACUGGGAACAGAUAGACGUUCACGUUAGAUGUUUGAGAUACUGGAAAUUAAAGUUGAUUGCAGAGCCAAAAAGCUUUAUUUCUUGGUAAAAUUGA